AUGGCUGAGACAGCGACAAAGCAGUCGACCCCGUCCUUUGUCGGGACCAGCAAGGUCGUUCAGACCGAGUAUCCCCUCAUUGAUAACGAUCCUCACUUCAAGCGAGUCGUGGGCUAUGCCCGUACAUCCGAUUACAUCGCCGGCACCGUCGCCGCUGCUUUCGCUCCUGCUGCUCUUUACGCCCUCGAGAAAUUCGCUCCCUCACAUGUAGGAAAGGGUGGUUUCCCCAAGGCCAUGCGACUGGCUGGUGGUGUUGGUCUCUUGGGUGGAUUCCUCUACUUCUACCAGCGAUCAGCUCUCCGAUUCUACGGUGCUACCGAGAACGCUCGCGAGAUUGAGAUGGAUAUGCGCGAGAUGGUCGACAAGGUCAAGAAGGGCGAGCCUCUAUAUGGCGUCAGCCGGCUAAGCCCUCAUCUUCAGGGUGUUGCUGCCCGACAGAGCAGAUACUCUGCUCUGUUCCUUAGCACAAUUCCUUGGUUCAACUUUGUCAACCAUAACCAGCAUGGUGUUGAUACAGCCAAGUACUACCAGCAGGCUGAGCGGGAACUUGAGACUGAGCGCUCGUAA